UAGAUGGCAGUAUAGUUCAGCAACCGACCAAUUAAAAACAGCGAAGAAAAAUCCGGUCAGCGUCUUACUUCCUAGUAGCAUUAGCUCCCACUAAAACUCAGUUCUAACUAACAUUUGCUUCCCCAGAGUUGUUGUUUCGAUUGACAAUGUUGAGAGGUUUAGGCUCUUGGCUGGGUUUGGAGAAUCCGGCGGACGCCAACACGUUGGUUGACACGGAGGAGGAGCAGAAGCAGGAAGAAAAAGUGGUGGAAGCUCAAAACGAGGUAAACAAACAGCAAGCAGCAGCUGAUGGCCACCAUGAAGAAGGAGAUAAAGGUGACGUGGAGAGCAAAGAGGAGGGCGAUAAAGGGCUUGGUGACUUCAUCUUCAGUUUUGCAUCCAGUGCAACCAAGAAGAUCUCAGAGUCUGUGGUAAUCACGGCACAAAGCAUCAAGAAGAGCGUCGAGGAGGGAAAGAUUGAUGGGAUCAUUGACAAGACCUUCCUAGGAGACUUCCAGAAGGAGCAAGAGAAGUUUGUCCAAGAAAAGAAGUCCAAAAGAUCGGAAGCAGCAGUGCCUCCCUGGGUGGGCUACAAUGAGGAGGAGACUAUCCAGCAGCAAAUUCUCGCCCUCUCGGCUGACAGGCGUAAUUUCCUGCGUGACCCUCCAGCCGGCGUGCAGUUCCACUUCGACAUGGAGCAAAUGUUUCCUCUGGCUGCUGUCAUGCUGGAGGAGGACCAGCUUCUCAACCGCAUGCGCUUUGACCUGGUGCCCAAACACGUGAAGGAGGAAGUGUUCUGGAGGAACUACUUCUACCGUGUGUCGCUCAUCAAGCAGUCAGCACAGCUGACGGCCCUGGCAGCCCAGCAGCAACAGCAGCAGAAAAAGGCCGACGACAGCCACGAUGAUGUCUCGCCCAAUGAUGUCGUCUUAUCAGACAAUGUCAGGCCCAAAACGCCACCUGUUUCCAUCAGCGACAAGCAGAAGCCUCCUCUGGAGGAAGACUUUUCCAUCUCCACCAGUCCCGGCGUCGCAGAAUUUGUGAGCGACGCCUUCGACUCGGCGGCCAUCGACCGCGAGGAUCUGCAAAAGGGAAUGGAGCAGCUGGUGCUGGACAAGAAGGACAGUGCCCCCUCUGUUGACGAGGAGCAGUCAGACUGGGAGAAGGAGCUCCAGCAGGAGCUCCAGGAAUACGAAGUGGUGGCCGAGUCAGACAACCGAGACGAGCAGUGGGACCAGGAGAUCGAAAAGAUGCUGCAGGCGCACGACACCUAAAGCAUGCCAUGGUACAGCUAAUGCUCUUUUUCAAACGGACGCUUAACUGUAAACAUUUCCUGGAUGAAGGACGGGCUGAGAUUUAAUACCAAGAGCACCUGUUGUCAAGUCUGCUGGGAAAUGAAUUGUAAUGACAGAGAAAUGGCCCUAAGGGGCGCUGUAGUCUAAAUAAUCUCAACUGGAUGACAUCACAAAUGAAACUUUUCUUUUCCUUUUCACAUACCUUGUACAGUCAGAACACUUUAUUAGUCAUCUAAUAGACAUGUAAAAUAUUAAAUUGAAAUAUGUAAAUAAAAAUGUAAAAUUC